GUUUCAUCUUUGAAUCAAUCCAAGGGACGGAAGCCUCAGAACUCCUCAAAUGUUCCUGAUCACCGGAAAAACGGCACAAGCACCGAAGCAUCAGAGCUGGAUAACUUUAGCGUGACCUACAGAAAUCAGAGGUGUUUUAGUGACCAGCCACAUCACAGACUGUUCCUGGACAUCUUCACUGCCUUGAUCAAUAACAGACUCGGUUGUAGCAACUGGCUGGAAAAUUCCUCCUCAGACAACAUCCUAAGAGUUUUAAACUGCUUGAGAUUGUUGAUCAGGGAUCCUCUUCACCAGACGCUCGUGAAGCUGCUCUCUACGCGGGACAGUAGUGUGGUUUUAGGAUCUCUCCUGGCUCUCACCACACUGGCUGAAAGUCAAGAAUGCAAGGAGAAGAUCGGAGAGCUGUCUGUUGUGGAGCAUCUUCUAGUUGUAUUACAAGAGUAUGACAUGUUUUCAAAAAGUGAGAUUCACUCGAAUGCACAAAUAUGGCCGUCAUGCUGUGCAGCGAUCACUGAGCUUGUUUUGGACGACACAACAGCACAUAAUGUGGUUCAGGAGAACGGUGUGUACAUAAUUGGCAAAUUGAUUUUGCCACAAAGCUUUAAAGAUUCUCAGGCUAAAUCUCUACAGUGUUAUGCUUUCAGGGCCCUACGGUUCCUUUUUAGUAUGGAACGCAAUAGACAUCACUCUGAUAAGCUCUAUAUCGUGAUGGAGCUCAUAGAAGGAGCUCCGCUGGCUGAACAUUUCAGCUCUCUCAAAGAGAAACGGCAGACGUUCACCGAGGAGCGAGUCUGGAACAUUUUCAUACAGAUCUGUCUGGCUUUGAGAUACUUACACAAGGAGAAACGGAUCAUCCACCGAGAUCUCACACCUAAUAAUAUCAUGCUCGGCGAGAGAGAUAAAGUCACUAUUACUGACUUUGGUCUUGCUAAACAGAAGCAGGAGAACAGUAAGCUGACGUCAGUGGUUGGGACAAUCCUGUACUGCUGUCCAGAGAUCGUGAAGAACGAGCCGUACGGUGAGAAGGCAGAUGUUUGGGCCGUGGGCUGCAUCCUCUAUCAGAUGGUCACCCUCACACCUCCAUUCUUCAGCGCAAACAUGCUCUCGCUCGCUACCAAGAUUGUGGAAGCGGUCUAUGAGCCAGUAGGAGACAAAACCUUCUCUGAGAGAGUGACUGACAUGAUUAAAUGGUGCUUGACUCCAAACGCAGACGUGCGUCCUGACAUCAUCAAGGUCAGCUCCAGAAUUUCAGAUAUAAUGAUGAAGUUUGUGGACAAUCUCUGUGCAUCCUAUAAUUCACUGGAGAGAAGGGCAGAGCGAGACAGGAAGAGAGCGCAGAAGUACUUCCUGGAGAGUAACAGGACCAGGAUGUGCCGCCCACUGCAACGGAGCGUUGGCCUCAAAGAACAAGAUGGAUCACAGACUCAGAGUUUGGAAACGUCUGCAUCUGUGUUAACAAGCGGAGCAGAACAAAAGCAAAGCCAAGACAUGUCUGGGAAUGUCAGUGUUAAAUGUUCUAAUGAGCUGAACAGUGCGGAUUGUCAAAAAGCAAAAGCACGACCAGCAUCAGCAGGAAUUUGUUUAUCUCAGAGAAAAGUUCGACAAAUUGACGAUCCCAACCAAAGGCUUCUUGAACUUCUGCAUAAGAUUGUAUUCAUAACUCAGCUCCCACCAGCUCCACAAAACAGCUUCAAGCAGCGGGCAGUCGAACGCUUCAAGAAACCGCUGUUCACGUAUGGAAGUGAUCCGUACAAUCUGAAGGUGGAGCUCAAUAAGGUUCUUCGAGGAAGUCAGGAGCUGGUGGAGAUGUCAUCAGCCAGCAGAGAGUGGUGGUCCAUGAUCCAGUCUUUAAGUUCAGACCCAGCCGCUGCGGAAAACCGGGAGGCAGGUUGCUCCAGUCUGCAAGGCGGUCUCACCUAUGAGGACAUACAGAGUAUGGUGGAGGAUGUGCUGGAGGAGAACGGCUAUUACAGCACGCCUCUGGGCAGAAGUGAAGUGGAUUCAGGAGCGGGAACCAGACGAACUCAAACCCCGUGACCCGCAGCAGCUCUCAUAUCUGCCUGACAGCAGCCUCUCAGGUCAACCUGACAAUAAUCACAUUAUGAAUCAUAAGCUGAUUUUGUGCAUCUGAAGAACACAUGCUGAUAGUUGAUUGCAAUAAUAGUCAAUGCA